ACAACACCAUUGACACUGAGCUCACAUUCCCGUUUUCCACAAGUGCUCACUUGUAGCAGUAAUUCUUUGCAAUAAUCUCAGCCCUUUGCACAUACACACAGAACAAUUCCUUGAAGCGUAGACAGCAGAGAAAAGAGUUACUUGGAAUCUUAGAAGAAAUUAGUCAGAGAAAAUGACAAUUACACCUUCAGUUUCCAGACUGCAUUCUCCAUUCAUAUGCUGUCCUCUCAAGAAUUCUUCUUCUUCUUCUGGUCUUCUUACGCAGAAAUCAAUUAGGAACCGACGCUGCCCAACUUCUUAUCCAUGCAUCAGAGCUAUUGAACUUGACCAGAAUACGAUAGUAGCAAUAACGGUAGGUGUGGCCAGCAUUGCAGUUGGGAUUGGAAUUCCAGUUUUCUAUGAAACCCAAAUUGACAGUGCGGCCAAAAGAGAGAAUACCCAGCCAUGCUUCCCUUGCAAUGGCUCUGGUGCUCAGACGUGCAGAUUUUGCAUGGGAACUGGAAGUGUGUCAGUCGAGCUUGGUGGGGGUGACAAAGAAGUCUCCCGCUGCAUCAAUUGUGAAGGUAUGGGAUCCUUGACAUGCACUACAUGUCAAGGAAGUGGCAUUCAACCUCGAUAUCUUGAUCGCAGAGAAUUCAAAGAUGACGAUUAGGAUAUCUCCGAGCUACUGUGGUUCGCUCAAUGGUGAGCCGCGCUUCAGUCAUGGAGCAAUCCCACAGCUAUUCGUGGAUAACACCUCAGUUGUUCCCUCUUUUGCUCAGCCAGACUCUUUAUAUUGGCAUUCAUUUAUGUAUGGCUAACAAGUUGUUUAUCAGUGAACAAAAUUUGUACACGAUCUCGUUUUCCACUUGCUUCUAGAUUUCCAACUGAUGUAUCUGAUUAACAAUGUAAGCAUAUGCAAUACCAAGUGGAUAUUGAAGAUA